AUGCAUGAAACACUCCCCAAGGCACAGAUUUCUAGUGACGAUAGAGUUUGGGAGAUGACUGAUGCGCACAUGCAAGGGGGUGGCUAUUUUGACAAGGAACAGGACCUGGAGUACUCCGUAGGCUCACAGGCGGCUCCUACGAACGAAUUGUAUUGGAUUGAACUGGACCAGGCUGGACUGAAUUGGACUGGAUUCCUGGUGCCUGGAUCUUGA